AUGGCGCUCCCGCUACCAAGCGACUUUUUUACAUGCCCGCCGCUUUCGCCGGGCGAUCACGGAACCCUCUUGGCGCAGGCCGAGCGUCUCUGCCACGACACGGUGCUCAACGCCAUCACGAUGGCGCGGGCGCCGCCAACCAAAGUCCUCGUCAACGAAUUUACGAAGCGCCGCGCGCAGUUGCACGCGGGCACGGAUAUCUAUACGCCCGAGCACUAUGGCAUCACGGGGUCGUCCCAGAUCAAGGCGUCGUACGACGAGCUCAAGGUCAUUGGCCAAGCUGUCGUCGACCGCCAGACGCUGUAUACCUUGUCGGCGCCCAGCUCGACGAGUCCCAUGCGUGCCAGCGUCCAAUGGAGUGUGAUUGCGUGUCCGUUCAUCUCGUCGGCGAUCACACUCAAGCGUGACUCGUGCUUUCUCGAGGUCCUCGACAUGAUUACGUUUGACGACAAGGCGACAGGUCGAAGUCGCCGCGGCUUUGCGCGCGCGAUCCACUCGAUCGCGUUGGACUGCUGCCCGUCGCUGCGCCAGUCGCACAACAUUGUGCGGUCCAGCUUUGUCCGGUCGGGGCACGUCUUCCUCGAGACCACUGUCCCUGGGCUCUUUGACCACUACUUUGCCUACGUCGUUGGCGACCCGGGGGCGACCCCCAAAUUCUUCAACCUCAAAGUCUGCGAGCGCAUGGUGGGCCAGAUGCUCAACCUCGAGCCGCAUUUGGCGCUGAAGCGACUCCCGGCCCUUUUAUUGGGGGGCGGUACCCAGCGGCCAUCGUACCGGUCCAGCGCUCGCAUCGCAUACUGCGAGUCGUGUGACACAAAAUUUCAGUUUCUUCGAAGCAAGCACCACUGCUAUCACUGCCGCCAGAUUGUGUGUCGCCGCUGCAUCCAGGCCUACAAGGUCCCCGUGCCCGAGAGCGAGAACGCGCCGGUCGUUCGGCUAUGCACCUACUGCUUUUGCGGCAACACACCCCAGCGCUCGAUGCGAGGGGGACGCGCCCCGCCCACCAUGUUUGCAAUGGCCCCACGCGACGACAGCGUCGACGACGAUGCGCGCUGGACCAAUAACCGGCCGCUGCUCGAGCCCGAUGGGUCGUCGUCCGAAGCCUCGUAUGUCACCGCGUCGUACGGCGCAGCGUCGCCUCGGUUUCUCUUGGAUCUCGGUGAUGGUUUAAUUACGAGUAGUAGUAGCGUUGGCACCGUGCAGCUCUACCAUAAUUGUCGUAAAUAG